CAUAGUCUUCAAUCUAUGGCACAAUGAAACAACAAGCUCACAUGAGCAGCAGGACCUUCACAGUUGAUCUAGUUCCUGAGCAGUACAAGGAACGAUAUCUAACAAGAGGCUAUAGACAACCAUACUCAUCCUUCCUAGACUGUCUAGUCAGUUUAUUCCGACUCAAUAACGAGACACUGAACGUGUGGACACAUCUCAUUCCACUCAUCAUCAUUGUGGUAUAUUUCAGACAAACUUUUCCGAGUGAAGUAUGGCCUCCAUCAAACAUCUCCCCGUACCAUUACCCUCUACUAGCACAUGAGAUGUCCACGAUGGUUACUCUCACAGGUUCCGUCAUUGCACAUACAUUCAACUGUAUGAACCCUAGAAUCAGACAUAUCUGCUUCUACGUGGACUACACAGCAAUGGCUAUGUUCUUCAUGGGUGGUGCUUGUGCUUCAUUCUACUACAUGCGACCAUUGGACAACGUACUGUUCAGUAUGCCCAAUAUUUACAUGGGCCUGACCUCAAUGAGCGGAAUUGUGACUGUCUAUCUAUGCUCUGCCUCUAGACACAAAUGGGAUAGCUCAAAAUAUCUCAUACAAACACUUGCUUUUGGUCUAACUUUCCUAACAGGAAGUUUUCCCUCCUAUUAUCGGCUGGUGAGCUGCCUUAUUAGCGGGCAAAAGUGGACACCAUCAAUGAUGUAUCUCGCACUAGGAUCAUUCACAUAUCUGGUGGCCGCUGUACUCAAUGCAAUCAGAUUCCCUGAAAGUCAUCAUGGGGGCACUUUUGACAUCUGUGGUCACAGUCACCAAUGGAUGCAUGUUCUCACGAGCGUGGGUACAAUGUUCCAUAUCAUUGCAUUCGAAUCUGAGCUAGAAACACGAUCAGACGAGUUGGAAACGCUUCUACAAGGAGUCACAUUUCUCUCUACGCUAGGUUGGACCCUUGUCACGCUAAUGGUGGCAUCCAUUGUUACUAUCUCAUUUGGCUCUAAUCUAACAGUCGAUGGACACUUAAAAAAUAAGAAACAAGACUAAUCAAUUUAUUACCAUUUUAUUACGUUAUUACACUAGUAGAGCUAUAGAACUUUCAUAACGAGCCUCUUAUUUUAUCACACA